AACCUCUCGUCUCCGAGAAAACUAAUCUCGAGAAAACGACGAGGGCCAAAAUCAUCGGUAGGUGGUGUAAACGACAACGAGAAGAAGCUGCUGGAUCAUAUUCGGAGCAAGCAAGGGAUGGGGGCAACUAGAAACGAGAUGAAAGCUGGGACAAAUAUCCAACAAACGCAAAGGGUAACUCUAGCAAUCAAUUCUCUCAAGAAGAAAAAUCUCAUCAAAGAGGUUCCAAGCAAAAGGAUCAAACAUGUUAUGGUAGUGGAGUCCGAGCCUUGUAAGGAGCUUACAGGCGGGGAUUGGUACAUCAAUGGAACUCUUGACGUGACCAAAAUCAAAAAUCUUAAAGAAAUCUGUGUCGAGAUACUGGAGACGCAUAAGCACAAGGUUGUUACCCUUGAUGUUAUAUGCUUGUAUUUCGAAAGGGCCAGCGACACGUACAAAUUGACCAGAGACCAGACCAAGGUGAAAAAGCAAGAACUUCUAGAGAUAAGACGACCAGCCACCGUUGCAGCUUCAACGAUGAUCCACCUUGGUUCUUCUGACCCUUCGUGCUCAACCUCAGUUGUGGGCUUUCACUGUCCUGAUGACAAUAUCUGCAUCAUUGUUUUGUUUAUUCACAAGGAGAUACUCAAGAACUUAGUUUUGGAUAACGUCAUCAUGGAGGUGAAGAGCAAUGGGCUUAGCGAGUAUUCUGCUACGAGAAUUGAACAAGUUUGCUACAAAUUGACUGGUAGUGUUGAAGCAAGAGCUGGAGCUUUUGCUUCGGUCCCUUCGGGGCUUGUCUGCAUAUAGGGCUUUGUACACCUGACGGGGUUAUCUCCCCGAAAACGUGUGUUUAUUUACAGAAGUGGUUAGACUUUUUGCUGCUUUUUAAGUCUAGAUUUCAGACAUGAGAUGUUACAAUACUUUCAGAUGUUUUGUUUCUCCAAAAUUAUGUUAUGUAGAAAACAGAAUGCUAUUGAUAAAUUACUAUAACUUACGGGUCCAGGUUAUUUUGAUUUAUAGGAGUAGAGGAUGGAAGAGGCUGAUCGGUCUCUUUGCGACAAGCUUCCCAUAAUUGUUUCUCUGUUCCUAG